UGGUUCAAGGUGUGUCCAUAUAAAUGUGUAGCAGCCCGUUUGCACCUCCGCAUGUCUGGGCCCCAAUGACAGGAUCCCUCCCCUCCCCGGGCCCGUCCAUCAGUACAGGAGUCUGAGCGCACAGGGGGAAACUUUCUUCCCCGUCAAUGAACGAAUGAGCCAACCGGAUCCUCAGGGCUGGGAUUAUUCGGGCUUCGUCCUGCAAGCAGAGAAAAGCCAGAGGAACUUCAGAGAUUGAGGAUGUCAUCCUGUUAGGGAGCACUUUGGAGGCAAUUGCAGAGACUGACAUCUGUAGAAGGCAAACCACGUCGCAAAGCGUGCCGAAGACGGACCCAGCAAUCUACACGCACACAGAGAGGAGAGAUUUAUUUAUUUAAUUUAUAUAUUUAUUGGAAAUUUAUUUAAAUGAUUUAUUUGGAAGAUUGUUGAUUGUGUGACUCAUUCCCUGGAGAGCGUAAUCAGCUUUGAAAUUUCCUUGGAAGGAUUUUUUUUUUUUAGUGAUGAUGAUGUGAACCAGAGAACAAAAUAUUAGAAGCAGUGCAAUUUUAUUUUGGAAUUCAUUCAUUCUAUCUAUCUAUCUAUCUAUCUAUCUAUCUAUCUAUCUAUCUAUCCCGAUACACACCCAUCAGUCUAUCUAUCCAUCCAUCCUUUGAAAAGAUGAUGCUCAAUUCAGACCAGACGGAAAUCGACGUGCCCCCGUCUCACUCAGAGACAGAGUCAGUUUUUAGCGACUGUGGUGGGGGCGGUGGCCGUGGGGCUGGAGUGGAGGAGGCCGGCGGCAUCAGCUUGUGUGCCCAGUCCCGGCUAGCGGAGCCGGGCGAGGCUCUGAAAAAGGACCUGCAGCACCUGAGCCGAGAGGAGCGGCGGCGGCGGCGGCGUGCCACGGCUAAGUACCGGACAGCCCACGCCACGCGGGAGCGCAUCCGCGUCGAGGCUUUCAACAUGGCCUUCGCCGAGCUGCGCAAGCUGCUGCCCACCCUUCCCCCUGACAAGAAGCUCUCCAAGAUCGAGAUCCUCAGGCUGGCCAUCUGCUACAUCUCCUACCUGAACCACGUGCUGGACGUCUGAGCCACCGAGCCCACGUCCGUCUGUCCGUCUGUCUGCUACAUCUCCUACCUGAACCACGUGCUGGACGUCUGAGCCACCGAGCCCACGCCCGUCUGUCCGUCUGUCUGCUACAUCUCCUAUCUGAACCAUGUGCUGGACGUCUGAGCCACUGAGCCCGCGUCCGUCUGUCUGCUACAUCUCCUACCUGAACCACAUGCUGGACGUCUGAGCCACCGAGCCCGCGUCCGUCUGUCCGUCUGUCUGCUACAUCUCCUACCUGAACCACGUGCUGGACGUCUGAGCCACCGAGCCCACAUCCAUCUGUCCGUCUGUCUGCUGCAUCUCCUCCCUGAACCACAUGCUGGAUGUCUGAGCCACCGAGCCCACGGCCGUCUGUCCGUCUGUCUGCUGCAUCUCCUACCUGAACCACAUGCUGGAUAUCUGAGCCACCGAGCCCACGUCCGUCUGUCCGUCUGACUGCUACAUCUCCUACCUGAACCACAUGCUGGAUGUCUGAGCCACCGAGCCCACGGCCGUCUGUCCAUCUGUCUGCUACAUCUCUGACCUGAACCACAUGCUGGACGUCUGAGCCACCGAGCACACGUCCGUCUGUCCAUCUGUCUGCUGCAUCUCCUCCCUGAACCACGUGCUGGAUAUCUGAGCCACCGAGCCCAUGUCCGUCUGUCCAUCUGUCUGCUGCAUCUCCUAUCUGGAUGUCUGAGCCAACGAUUGUCCAUCUGUCUGUCCGUAUUUCUCUACAGAUCCUGCCAGACAUGUGAGCCACCAUCUCUGUCUGUCUGUUUGUCCAUGCGUUUACCAUAUAUCCUACCUGACAACUUGCUGGAGUCUGAGCCACUGAGCCUACAUCCAUCUGUCCGUGUUUCUGCUACAUCUCCUACUGGUCAUCUGAGCCACCAAACCUACAUCCAUCUGUCUAGCUGCUACCUGAACCACAUGCAGGACAUCUUGAGCCUCCGAACUCAUGUCCGUCCACCCCUCCAUCCAUCUGUCUGCUCCAUCUCUUACUCAACAGUCCUGGGCUCUAGCCCAUGUGUCUGUCUGCUUUUUCUUCUACCUGAGCCAUGGCCUGGAUUGGUGACGUGCCAACAGCAGGAACGUUUCAGGCCUUUUGUCUGUCGGCUGCAUCUCUCCCCGCUGAUACCACAAAAGCGCCCUGUCUCGAGGGGCUGCUGCGCCGUCUGAGCGUGAUGCCCCCGGCAACUCCCAGAUCUAGGCAGACAAGGAAGGGAGCUUGACCCGCUGUGAGCUCUGGCAUUCCUUGCACAGCCGCAGGGCUCCCAGCUUUUCCUGCCCUGAAAAGAAAUACCAAACAUGCUGCAAAAAUGGAAGACAUGGGGCAGCCCCCAGCCCUGGCCCCACAAAGAUGAGAAAGCAGCAGCUUUCUUGCAGGGUCCAGAACCUAACAAAGGGUGGGAGGUUCCCAUAGAUGGAUGGGAAAGAGGGCAUUUCCUUGCUUAGAUCCACUCCAGAAGGCAUAAACCUUGUCCUUUGUCAUGACCCCAUCCCUUCUCCAAUGAGGGCAAGGGAAAACUGGCUGCGAGUCUGUCCCCCGGGGGAAUUUCAGUGCCCCACAGUGUGAGAACUACUAACAAGACUGGAUCUCGAUCUCCCAAGCCAGUUCCCACUUCAGCGUCUCAAAGGUCAGAAUUUGCUCCCAUUGCAGUUAAUAGGCUCCAAUCUCCAUUGUCCUGCUGUUUUUAUAGUGGUGCAAAGUGAGUGUGAAUGGGGCCCAUCCUGACUCAGGAGUGUUUUGCACUUGCUUUGCACCGGUAUAAGUGACUGGACAAGGUGGACAACAGGCAGUCGAGCCCAGUGAGUGUUUGAAGACAGCAAGCUCUGGUCCCUAAAGCUGUUUCAUGUCUCCUAGUAAGAGGGGUCAAACUGGGGAAAAGGUGGUGACUCUCUACUUAAGUUCCAGAUACAAUCCCAAACUACACUGACAAUCUCAGAUGACUGGAUUUGCCAGCUGUAAUGAUCAGUGCACAGUGAAUAAGUAAGGCUGACCUCUACCUUGCCAUCAUUAGCCUCCAGAGUGAACAUCUGGUUGCAAUGAAUGGGAGUAGUUAAUUCACACCUCUCUUAGGGCUUCAGGCCUCGACUCUCCUUUGCCAUGCACCUUGUGUUGUCAUUAACCUCCAUGUGAAGCAGGCGUCAGGCCUCGCCUCCACUGGGAUUCCAGUCACUGGUUUUAACCCCUUAGUGGGACACAAUUUACCCCAACAGGGCACAGUUUUCACCAGUGCAAUUUAUCCUGGUGUAAACUAUGAUCUGCGAUGGGUUUGCACUGGGGCAGCUGCACCUUAGACGGAUCUGUGCACCCAGUUUGCACUGGUGCAAAUGAUGGCCACGGGGCUAAAUGAAUGGGAACUGGGUGACCAAACCCCCCAGGCCGUUGACCUAUGGGGCUGCGUGUCUUCUCAUGCUCCCUGCUGUAAAUCAGGAGUAGAGAAGCAGGCGCUGUAGCCCCAAGUGAAGGCAUCCGCAGACAGUGUGGGAUUCCAGCCCCCCAGCACAGAGCAGGAUCUCUCUCUAGUCCCCUCCUGGGAGUCCUGGCCCCAGCCCUGGGGGGCAGGCGGUGCCCAGCUCAGCAAAUCCGUCCCCCCUUUCCAAUGGCAAAGCCAAGCCAUGGUUAUUGUCGGAGAAAGAGAAUCUGAUUGGUAGACAUAAGAACCAAAGAGAAAUGGUGUUUGGCCAAUCCGAUCGCUGCAUGAGCGAACUGUAAACAAAACACAGGGCCUGCCGCCAAUCGAAAAAGAGCUGGCGCAGACAAGUAAACAAGCAUGAACUUUAUGGGUCUGAGCCUGCAAAAAUCCACCUAUUGGCUUCAAUGGGAUCAUUCCUGUGGCUAAGGGUCUACAGGGUCAGAACAUCUAUUUAUCAUUUAUCCCCAUACACGCCUAUCUAUCUCCAUAUAGAUAGUGCCCAUCAUCUAUCUAUCUAUCUAUCUCCAUCCGCCCCAUCUAUCUAUCUAUCUAUCUAUCUAUCUAUCUAUCUAUCUAUCUCCAUACGC